AUGCCUCUCCUCAAACGCAAACCCGUCUACCUCCCCCCGCUCCCCUCCCUCUCCGCAGUCCUCCAACCGAUCCCCAACCCGGCUUACCCCGUGCCCGACCCCCUCGCCCUGCCCGACCCCACCCACCCCCCUCCUCCACCCAUGCCCAACCUGACGCAAGACCUGCUUCAAGCCUACAUCCCCGGCGACGCGUCCGAAGAGCGCGAGCAGCUCGAAAAGCUCACGGGCGUAUUCCGUGGCGAGUUUACAGGCGGCACGAUCAAUAUCGGGAAUAAAGCCAAGAAGGGUAAGGCGGCGGCGGAGAAGGCGCAGGCUGUUUAUGCUGGGAUGCCGGGGGUGCCGAGGCAGGAUGUGAAUGGGCAGGUGCCGGAGCAGGAUAGGAUGUCGUUUGUGGCCUGGAAGAUACAUGAUAGAGAUACUUUCUAUAUCGAAGAGACUGGAGAGAUCUUUACAGACUACGAAUCGUAUGCUGCUCGAAGAGCAUUUUACGACCAAACAAUAUUCGUAGACGAAGUCACCGGCAAAUCGUCUAUGGGCUACCUCGACGCACUCCGAUCCGAGCAAAAAGAGAUCCGCCAACUCCACUCUCGUUUCCCCAAACAGCUCAAACGCGCCAUCUUGCAGGCUGUACAGUUUAGGGUCGAAGGCAAGUUGGAGGUGUUGGCUGAUAAGAUCUUUGAGCGGUUCCAGAACAGAUUCUUUUUGAAUGAACGCCUGUUUGUGGAUCUCGAGAACGAAAAAUACCUCGCCAGGAUCAUCCAAGUCCACCCUCCCCCCACUGAUCCCGAAUCCGAAUCCACCGACCCGCACGCCCAAGCUACCAACCUCUCCACAGAGCAGGACGAGCUCAUCCAGCAAGACGACCCUGCUCGGUACUUGUACACUGUCAAGCUUGUGGGGAUGGACGAGUUUGAGGGUCGGCCUGGGACGGCGGAGGAGAUUGUCCUCAGGGUUGGAGCUGAUCGGAUUUCACGUGAUAGGGUGAAUUACUCGAGGGCGAUCUUGAAACGAUUCAUACGCGAUUGCGUCGAGCGCGACCCCGCCGUCUACUCCCCCUGGACCCUCAAACCCACCAUGGCCCAGCGCUACGCCAUCUCCACCGAAAUGCCCGAAUCCACCCGGCUCGCCAUCCAGGCGUAUAGAGAACAGCAGAUGGGGAAGAGGAAGCGGGAGAGGGAGGAGAGGUUGGGGUUGAGUAAUGGGGAAGGGAUCCUGAUGGAUGGAGAGGAGGAGGAUGAGAGGCCAAAGACGAAGAAGGAGAAGAAGGAGGAGGAGAAGAAGAUGAAGGAUGAUAAGAAGAAGGAUGAUGAUAAGAAGAGCAGGGAGGAGGAGGAGGAGAGGAAGAAGAAGAAGAAUUUCAAGUUUCCCAAUGAAGAUUACCUGGUGGAUCUGUGGGAAGAAAAGGAACCGAGACUUCGCCCGGUCCCAAACAAAGACCUCCCCUUCGCCGACCAAUUCGAAACGUUUCUCACGUCCUGGUCUUUCCUCAACGUCAUGGGCACCCCUCUCAACCUCUCCCCGUUCACCAUCGACGAGUUUGAAAACGCCCUCAACCAGACCGACGGCCCGACCCCCACGCUGCUGGCCGAGAUCCACGCCUGUCUUUUGAAUUUGCUCGUCAAAGACCGGCUCGCGGGCAACUUUACAAAGCCGCUUUCGGCUACGGGCAGGGUUAUGGAGGAUGACCGUGAUUACUGGGAAGGUUUCAAGGGCGCUACGACAGAGCUUCUUGCGCCUGUUUGUAAAGACUUUGUAGACCAGUGGCGUUUGAGCGAGAUUCCUUUGACGAAAGAAGGGAGGAAGGGAUGGGAGACGGCGCUGGUGGGCGCGCUUUGGGAGAGGGCGAGUUUGGAGAGGUUGCCGCAUUUCUUGGACGAUAUCCUUCAAUUGACCUUUGAACCCAAGCCGGCGCCUACGAGGCCGACGUGGUCCACCGCCCCGUCGUCUUCUACCGGCCCUUCCUCCUCAGCAGCGCUCAUCGCCAUACCCAUCCCCAAACUCACCGCCCCCUCCACCUCCCGCUACCCCUCCCUCGACCCGCGGCACAAACUCAACAUUAUUCACUUUUUCAUCGAGCUCGCCGGGCAGACUGAUAGAGUCCGCAGCUUUAUGGAAGACUCGAUUGCAGAGCUGACAGAGGUGAGGAAGGAGCAGGUGGAUGUGAAGCGGGAGUGGAAGGGGGUGAGGGCGGAGAAGGAUGGGUUGGAGCCCAAGGGUGAGGCUGGGGCGGAGGUUGGGACUGAGGUCAAGGCGGAGGGUGGGGAGGCGAUGGAGGUGGAUGAAAAGCCCAAUGGCACCAAUGGGCAUCUUCCCAGUGUGAACGGGGAAGAAGACCGGGAUGAGUUGGAAGACGACGUUUCGCCCGACGCCGACGUUGACCCCUCGCGUUCGUCUUCCGUCUCUCCUUCCGACCCGGGACACCAUGCGACGACGUCUUCUCGCCGGCUGGCUAUGGCUGCCGCCAAGCAAUCCCGCGAUGUGGAAGAAGCCGCGAAAAAGGAAAAGGUCAAGAAGGAAAAGGAGGAAAUCCGUCUUUCCAAGGAAAAGGCCAUUGAGAAGAAGCGGCUCGAGACAGAAGAGGAGGAUCUUGCGCUCAAGCUCAAAAAGCUCGAUUACGAGUUCCGCCGACACAUCUGGUCCCUCCGUGCCAAGCCAUUAGGUAUGGACCGAUUUGGUAACCGUGUCUGGUGGCUUGAUGCCCAAGGUUCCGCGCCGAUGCUCGGGCCGGAUGACAAGGUCCAGUAUGGUACCGGAAGGCUGUAUCUGCAGGGUGUCGAGGAGGUGGAUGAAGAGUACUUUUUGAGGAAUGCGAAUGCUGUCCUCGAGACGGCUGGGUUGGGGACGAAGGAGGGGGUGACGAAAGUCGCUGUGGAGAGGAGGAGGAAGGAUGAGGAGGGCGAGGGCCGGCUGAACAAGGGUGAAUGGGGAUGCUUUGAUACUGUCGAGCAGCUCAAAGAGUUGAUGGGCUGGCUCAACCCCAAGGGUACUCGUGAAAAGGAUCUCCUGAAAGCGUUGACGUUCUGGCGACCCGAGUUGGAAGCGGGCAUCACCAAGAGAAGAGUCGUCCUCGGUCUCGAAGCCCCCGCUCAAGAAGAAGACUCGACACCCUCUGAAGAGAUCACCGUCGCCUCCGCUACCGCCCGCCACAAGCGAUCUACGCGCCGAACGGCCGGCAGUGUCGUGGGGGAUGAAGACGGCUCUGUCGAAGGGCAAGGGCAUGGGAAGGAUGCGUAUUUGGGGUGGAAGAACAGGAGGGUUGGUGCUUGA